UGGCAUGAGCGAAAGGGACGGCCACGUGGGUGGAGUGGAGAGAGGAGAAAUAAUUGAGUUGCCAUGAAAAUAGCCCGAGCGGGAAUCAGAACCAAAGAAGAGGGCAGGAGGGUGGUUGGGUGAGGAGGAGACGUAACCGGCUGCGGUGGUCCCUCGGGGCUUCGGGUGCCUUGCUUGCUUGAGGCCCAGAAGAGCGGGGUCUGGGAAGGAGGCGCCGUCGGCUCUUUACGCGUCGAUGCUUUUUACUCUGCUCCCAUGCUUGUUCCCUUCCUUUUUCAGGUGGAGUGCUGCUUCUGCGCCGCCGCAGCUGAAGGAUGCUCUGCGCUCCCUGGCUUUCCAUGGAGACCUCCGAGCCGGGUUGGCCCCCGCUGACACCUCGCCUCGUACCUUCUCUACCUCCCAAGCUGUUCGCCUGUGUCGCGAGCUCGGCCCGGGCCCCGCGCCCCGGAGGCCUGUGCUGAACCCAGGGAGCGGCCGCGGGCUCUGGGCGGCGAUGGCCCGACGCGCUUCCAGCCGCUCGCCCGCUCGGGUCAAGCCGUCACGAGAAGGCAAGUGCUAAGACUAAAGGCUUAUUUGCAUUUUAUUUAAAUCUGAUGGACCGAGCUUUGGACGAUUUCCAUGGCAGAAAAAUCCAUUCCGUUUUCCAGGCACAAGUGCUGGCCGUCAGAUAGCCGCGGCCUUUGAAUCCCGGGCGGCGGCGGUGGCCAGUUGGGGCCGCGCUUCCAGACUGCGCCUGGGCCCCGGGCGCUGGGGGCCCCGGCGGGGACUUGGGCCCGGCGCGCGCUACCCGGACGGGCCGGGCCUGGAGAGCAGCGCUCGUCCCUGGGAACCGAGAGCAUGGGGCGUGCUGGUUUAAAAACGGAAAAUGCAAAGUUGGACUGAAAAUAUCCUCAGUCUUCCGAGCAAUCUGCUGAACGGUUCCAAACUUACCUUAGUGUGGUGAGGCGGGGAGCUGCCCCACUUUCCGUCGCCCGCCUCCCGCGGCCAUGGAGGUCGCGAUGGUGAGCGCCGAGAGCUCGGGCUGCAACAGCCACAUGCCCUACGGCUACGCGGCGCAGGCCCGGGCCCGGGAGCGGGAGCGGCUGGCCCAGUCGAGGGCCGCGGCGGCCGCGGCGGUGGCGGCGGCCACGGCCGCGGCCGCGGAGGGCGUUGGGGGCCCCGGGGGCGGCGCGCACCAGCAGCACCAGCAGCAUCAGCAGCACCAGCAGCAGCAGCUGCAGCAGCAGCAGCCCCGCGGCACCUGCCCCGCACUCGAGCCCCAGGGCGGCCGUGUGGCCCGGAGGCGCCGGCGCUCGCGGCCCAACCGGAGGAGGCCUCAGCCGCGGCCCGGCGGCUUCCCGCACGGCUCGGACCUGCUGCCCAGCGGCUCGGAGGAGAGGAUCCUGAGGGAGCUGAGCGACGAGGACGAGGACGACGAGGACGACGAGGACGCCGAGGAGGAGGCCCGGUUGGGCCGCGGCCAGGACGACCGCGCGGCCCACGGCUCCUGCAGCGACCUGCUGCCCCGGGACGACGGCGCCUACGGCCCGGGCCGGCCCAGCGGCUGCUGCGAGCGGGUGGUCAUCAACGUGUCGGGCCUGCGCUUCGAGACCCAGAUGAAGACCCUGGCCCAGUUUCCCGACACCUUGCUGGGCGACCCCGAGAAGAGGACGCAGUACUUUGACCCGCUGCGAAACGAGUAUUUCUUCGACAGGAACCGGCCGAGCUUCGACGCCAUCCUGUACUACUACCAGUCGGGCGGCCGCCUCAAGAGGCCGGUCAACGUGCCCUUCGACAUCUUCACGGAGGAGGUGAAGUUCUACCAGCUGGGAGAGGAGGCCCUGCUCAAGUUCCGGGAGGACGAGGGCUUUGUGCGGGAGGAGGAGGACCGGGCCCUGCCGGAGAACGAGUUUAAAAAGCAGAUCUGGCUCCUCUUCGAGUACCCGGAGAGCUCCAGCCCGGCCAGGGGCAUCGCCAUCGUGUCCGUCCUGGUCAUCUUGAUCUCCAUCGUCAUCUUCUGCCUGGAAACCCUGCCCGAGUUCCGGGACGACAGGGACCUCAUCAUGGCACUGGGCGCGGGCGGACACGGCGGGUCGCUGAACGACUCCUCGGCGCCCCACCUAGAGAACUCAGGGCACACCAUCUUCAACGACCCCUUCUUCAUCGUGGAGACCGUCUGUAUCGUCUGGUUCUCCUUCGAGUUCGUGGUUCGCUGCUUCGCUUGUCCCAGCCAAGCGCUCUUCUUCAAAAACAUCAUGAACAUCAUUGACAUUGUCUCCAUUUUGCCUUACUUCAUCACGCUGGGCACCGAUCUGGCCCAGCACCAGGGGGGCGGCAACGGGCAGCAGCAGCAGGCCAUGUCCUUUGCCAUCCUCAGGAUCAUCCGUCUGGUCCGCGUGUUCCGGAUCUUCAAGCUGUCCAGGCACUCCAAGGGCCUGCAGAUCCUGGGCCACACGCUCCGAGCCAGCAUGCGGGAGCUGGGCCUUCUGAUCUUCUUCCUCUUCAUCGGGGUCAUCCUCUUCUCCAGCGCCGUGUACUUCGCGGAGGCCGAUGAGCCCACCACCCAUUUCCAGAGCAUCCCAGAUGCGUUUUGGUGGGCCGUGGUGACCAUGACGACUGUGGGCUACGGGGACAUGAAGCCCAUCACCGUGGGGGGCAAGAUCGUGGGGUCCCUGUGUGCCAUCGCAGGUGUCUUAACCAUCGCUUUGCCAGUGCCAGUGAUUGUCUCUAACUUUAACUAUUUCUACCACAGAGAGACUGAGAAUGAGGAGCAGACGCAGCUGACACAGAAUGCGGUCAGUUGCCCGUACCUCCCCUCUAAUUUGCUGAAGAAAUUUCGGAGCUCUACUUCUUCCUCCCUGGGGGACAAGUCAGAGUAUCUGGAGAUGGAAGAAGGAGUUAAGGAAUCCCUCUGCGCGAAGGAGGAGAAGUGUCAGGGAAAGGGGGACGACAGCGAGACGGAGAAAAACAACUGUUCUAACGCCAAGGCUGUGGAGACCGAUGUGUGACCCUGCUCUCCGCCCGCCGCCGCCCCCCACCCCCCCCC